AUGGUAUUUGAUUUAGUAGAAUAUGGUACUGAAACAGGUUCUACUGAAGCAAAUGAGAAAGCCAAAGUAGAAAAUGGUGCCACGGUAUUGGCGGUGCCAGGAUGGCGAACAAGUGAAAGUGGUUCCACAUCAACUAUUAGCUCUGCCAUCACUGAAACUAAUGAAGUUGCACUGAGAAAAGAAGUUGGUUUAAUCAGUGGCGUGGCUCUAAUAGUUGGAACCAUGAUCGGAUCUGGAAUAUUUGUAUCCCCUCGUGGAGUUUUAGAGGGUUCAGGAUCUGUGGCUAUGAGUUUAAUAGUUUGGGCGGGAUGUGGAUUUUUAGCCAUGAUGGGUGCCCUAACUUAUGCCGAACUAGGAACUAGCAUACCAUUAUCUGGUGGAGAACAUGCUUACUUAAUGCACACAUUUAAACCCAUGAAUAAAUGUUGGGGACCGGUGCCGGCCUUUUUAUUUGACUGGUUGGGUAUAUUUGUAUUAAGACCCGCCAUGUUUGCCAUCAUGAGUCUGAGUCUAGGAACAUAUGCUACUCAGCCGUUCUAUGGUGACUGUGGGGCCCCUCUAUAUCUAAAGAAAGUGGUCACAGUAUGUGCUAUGUUAUUAAUAUUGGCAAUCAAUUGUUACAGUGUUAAAUUAGCCACUAUAAUACAGAAUUGGUUGACAUUGGUUAAACUUGUAGCUAUUGCUAUUAUAACCAUAGGUGGUUUCUAUAAGAUGGCAACAGGUAGUACUACUUACAUAUCCGAAGGCUUUGAAGGAACAACACAGAAUCCGUCUGUUCUAGCUCUUGCGUUUUAUAAUGGUCUUUGGGCGUAUGAUGGCUGGAACAACCUUAAUUUUGUAACUGAAGAAUUAAAAAAUCCGCAAAGGAAUCUUCCAUUGUCUAUUGGUCUUGGAAUACCGCUGACAACUAUAUGUUAUAUUCUAGUCAACAUUGGUUAUUUUAGUGUUAUAUCAAAAGAAGAACUUCUUUUAUCAGACGCUGUUGCCAUGACAUGGUCUGUAAAGGUAAUUGGUAUAUUAUCGUGGUUUAUGCCAAUAUUCGUCGUCUUGUCGUGUUUUGGAGCAGCUAAUGGUUCUUUGUUUGCUAGUGGUAGACUGUGUUUAGUUGCAGCUAGAGAUGGACAUCUACCACAAGUUUUAUCUUAUAUACAUAUUAACAGACGUACACCAGUUCCAUCACUUAUAUUUACAACGAUUGUCGCCAUCUUGUUAAUUUUACCAAGUGAUCUCGGAAUGUUGAUUGGAUUUUUUGGUUUCACUGCCUGGAUAUUUUAUGGUUUAACAGCAGCCUCGCUUCUAGUCCUUAGGUAUACCAGUCCAGACAUCAAACGACCAUAUAAGGUACCAAUCAUCAUUCCAAUAUUUGUGGUUUUAGCUUCGAUUUAUCUAGUGUUAGCCCCGAUUAUCAUGUUACCCAAAUUGGAAUAUUUCUAUGCCAUAUUGUUUAUAUUAAGUGGAUUGCUACUGUAUUUUCCAAUGGUAUAUAAUAAAUGUCAUCCUAAAUGGUUUGUCCUAGAGGGUUUGGUAUGA